AUGUAUCGGCCGACUGGGGCAGGCAUUUCAGUUGGUGAGUGCGAGUUUUGCCCGCGUGGUGUGUACGGAGACAGCCCCGGUUUGGAAUCAAAGUCUUGCACUGCAAAGUGUCCGAAAGGGACGUACAAUGACAAACUCGGAGCCAAGAACAUCUUAGAUUGCAAGCCAUGUCCUGCUGGCGUGUACGGAUCGACCAUAGGCCUCACGACUAGUCAGUGCUCGGGGCCCUGUCCAAACGGCAAGUACUCGAUGAGUGAAGGUGCCCAGUCGAUUAGUGACUGUAUGGAUUGCCCACCACUUUACCGUGGCCCACAGGGCUAUCGUGGCAAUGAUGUCACUAUGGAGAACGGCGGAGGCUACCCAUGUAAUCGCUAUCAGUAUGGCAAGACCAUUUUCAACGGCCGAGACGCAAACAACGAUGCGUGGUGGUACGGAUACCUAUCCGAAGAUCGGAGACCCACGAACAACCAGGUUGUUGACAAUACUACUCCAGGGUGA